GAACAAACAACUCCACGCAUUAAUCACAAACUUAUUACUUUACUCUCUAUCUAUCUAUUCACUUCUCGGCCUUCGGACUGAUGAUAUCCCUUCUUGAAGUUAUCAUCAUCUGAAAUUCAACUUCUCACUUCCUGUAACAUUCACCAUGGAAAAGUAGACACACUAAAAGAGAUUAGAAAGAAAUUGAAUCAGCUAAUGAAUAUUCAAUAUCUUUCUUUAGUGUUUCCUAGUAGACUUAUUAACUUCUUAUAAUUCUCUUUCUCUUCCUCUUUCAUUUUCUCUUUCUUCUCCCUCUUUUCCCACCUCAUCCAUCUUCUCGCAGUUCAACUCCCCUCUCACAGCCCAAUACCAUACAAACGAAAGAAAACAACACAGAAACCAACAAUCCAUCCAUCACUCUUUCAAAAUGUUUGUUCCCGUCUUUACAAUCAAGUUUCUUGCGCUCCUAUCAUUUCUCUUUGUCAUUGUCUCGGGAAAUCCUAUUAAACGCAGCGAGGAUGAAGGUACAGGAGUUAGAUUGCCUGGCCUUUUUGGUCUCUUCACUACACUUGCUGCUUCUGCUCUAACAACUGGUGAACAAGUCGGUAUUGUCAUCAUCUCCAGCCAAACCGUCUACAUCCAAGAACCCAACAAUUUCCCUGCCACAGAAUGGGGCGUGCCGGAACCCACAAGCUCCAGCACCAGCACCUAUGUGGCUGGAGCCGCAGCCAAGACGAGUACAUCUGGAAACACACCAUAUAGUUUCCCUACCUCUGUUCUCCCUGCUGCAAGCACACAGGUUGAUGCUUCUUCAUCUGAAGAUUCUUCUACCGAUAUUCCGGCUUCUGCUUCUGCAUCGGCAUCCGCAUCCGCAUCCGCAUCUGAAUCUGAAUCUGAAUCAACAGAUUCGUCACCAACAGUAACACUAACACCCAUCGUCGAAGAAAAACAACUAGUCGCAGCCACAACAACAUCAUGCAACUCCGCCGUCGCAGGCGUAACAAUCCCCGCUAGUGCUCUCACAACCGGCGAAUUUGUCGCAGUCGAGGUUCUCUGCCAGAAAACAAUCUACAUCCAAGAACCUAAUUUCUACCCCACAAAGACUACGUAUGGUAUCCCUGCCUCCUCGACAGUAAACAUUGCGAACGUCUCAUCCGCAUCCGCAUCCGCAUCCACAUCCGCAUCCACGAAAUGCAAUACCGCUGUUGCGGGCGUUACGAUCCCCGUGAGCGCUCUCACGACCGGAGAAUUCGUCGCUGUGGAAACUCUUUGUGGCGAGACAAUUUAUAUUCAAGAACCGAAUUUUUAUCCCACCAAGACGUUUUAUGGUAUUCCUGCUGCUGCUUCAGCAAGCGAAACCGUUGAUGUCUAGCCGUAGGUGGUGGAUAAGUGUGCUGGGAUCUUUGCGCAGAAAGUUUGUAUCAAGAUGAACGGGAAGAUUCAUAGUGCGUGUGUAUUUGAGCAAUCAUUUCAUGUGGACUGUGCUAAACUUCA